AUGUCGGAAACUAUCCAGCCCAUCCAAGUCUGUAUCCUGAGUUUCGAGAAAAUGGACCUGGUCGAUUUCGCCGGGCCACUGGAAACGCUGUCGCAUGUUCGAGGCCCGUCUGGCGACCGCUUGUUUUUCACCACAGUCGCCGGCCCCAGCGACGAAAUCACCACCCUACAGGACCUGGUCAUCAAACGGAACAUCAACUUUGAGCAAGCCAUGUCUUCCCUGUCACAGUUUGACGUCCUUAUUGUCCCCGGCGCAAGCUAUCUGGUCACGAAAGAGCUCUGUUCUACGGACUCUCCGGUCAUCCAGGUCAUUCAGAAGUUCUCUUCUCUGCCGAAGGAUGAAUCUCGCGUCCAUCCUCGACUCCUUCUCUCAGUCUGCAGCGGGGCUUUUUUCCUCGCUUCCGCAGGCAUUCUUGCAGGCCGGCGCGCGACCACCCAUUACACAAUUAUACCAGAGCUAGCGGAGCUCUGUGCAAAGUAUGGGAAGACGGAGGUUGUCCGGAAGAGGUUUGUCGAUGCCGGCUUACUCGAUAAUGGAAUGCGGGUCAUCUCAUCUGGAGGGAUUUCUAGUGGCUUUGACGCUGCGUUGUAUGUUGUGGAGGUUCUCUGUGGCUUGCCCUGCGCCGAAAUAGCGAGUGAUGUGCUGGACUAUCAGUGGAGAAGAUCAGAGGGAUUGUUUUAA